GCGGUGGACAUGGUAUACUUGGACAGUAGGGGUGGCGGUGGACGUGGUAUACUUGGACAGAGAGUGGCGGUGGACGUGGAUGUUAUAAACUUGGACAGAGGGGUGGCGGUGGAUUGGUAUACUUGGACAGAGGGGUGGCGGUGGAUGUGGUAUACUUGGACAGAGGGGUGGACGGUGGAUGUGGUAUACUUGGACAGAGGGUGGCGGUGGACGUGGUAUACUUGGACAGAGGGGUGCGGUGACGUGUAUACUUGGACAGAGGGGUGCGCUAUGGACGUGGUAUACCUUGGACAGAGGGGUGGCGGUUGGGACGUGUAAUACUUGGACAGAGGGGUGGCGGUGGAGAGUGUUAUACUUGUGACAGAGGGGUGGCGGUGGGACGUUUGAUACUUGGACAG